AUGAAGCGUGACAACUACUAUGCAAAGUAUAUCGACGCUUUAUACGAAGACAAAUUAAAUCACCCUGAAGAUCUUGUUUUUGUUCUUCCUCAUCAACUUGAAGUAGUUCGCAACAAAAACGUUGUAGUAGAGGUGAUGAUUGUCAAUUACACCGAGAAUGAUUAUGCGGUUGAGGUGGUGUGCGGGCCUCUUGAUGUGCAUGUAGUUGGAGUUGUGUCAACGUCGACAGAAACAACGAAUGUCAGCUUUUUAGUGAAAGGUGAUAAUGCAAACAAAGUGAAAGAAACGGAACAACUCAAUGUGGUGGUCAACUUGACAUCAUUGGAAGAUGGCGAAGUCAUGAACCGAUACAUCAAAACUGUUGUUGUUGACAAGGAAAAGGAAACUGAGCAACAAGAACAAAUCUUGCCACAAUACAAUCAACAACAAAUGGUUGCAGUGCGACAAGAAGAUGCAGGCAACAACAAGACUUUUUGUGAAGUUCAAAUUGAAUUUGAAGGAGAAGAAGUUCUGAACAAAAGACAGCCACUCAAAGUCACCGUCAACAACAGAGACAAAAGAAAUUUUCUUCUGAGCGCACACGAAGGCGGCGAGUUUACUGUCGAAUUUCCAUCAGAACCAAUCACUAGUGGCUUGUCUGGAACACUCGACGGGUGUUAUAUCACUCUCAAAAAUAACAAAUCAAGUGAACGAAAUUGCAUCGUCUCAUUCACCGACUUUAACACACAAAAACCAGUCUGCCAAACUAUCGUCAGGUUCUCUACACACUCUCAAAAACAAAAAAUCGACGCAAAAAAACAUUACGACGUUGACUACAACGACUUCUUCACUAAACCACUACAACACAACGAAGAAGCACCACUACACAAGGAAGAGACUGAGUCCUCACUUGUUAGUUUGGAUUUGAACGAUGACGAUGACUAA